CCCUUCGAUUAGGUGAGUCUCGUCUCCUUCUCUUGAAAGUAGAAGGCGAACCGCGUACGUAUCAUCUUCAACAUCUCUCGAUCUACAAAUCUAGAUCCGACGUAUAUUCUUCAGCAUCUCCCGAUCUACAAAUCUAGAUCCGUCAUGGCUGUUCGCUACGAAGAUAUGGAUAUCGAAGAUGUUUCCGAGAUGAAGGAUCUCUUGGACGAACUCGUUGUGGUAAAGCUUACUGGGUGCGUGGGAAGCACUGGCUCAUCGUAUCCUCCUGCUCUUGUUGAUUGGUUCCAAUCCCUCAUCAACAGUGGAAAGCUCUAUGCCUUUGUAUCACAGGGUAAAGAAUGUGUGUUUGUUGCCGAUUCAGACAACCUGGGUGCCAUGGUUGACUUAAAAAUCCUGAAGCACGUGAUCCAUAACAAGAACGAAUUCUCUAUUGAGAUCACACCAAAAACCUCCUCUGAUGUAGAGGGAGAAACACUCAAUGUGCAGCUUUCAGAGAUUGCUCAGAUUCCUGAGAAGUUCGAGACAUUCAACACAAACAACCUAUGGGUUAACUUGAUGAAGGCUGACAAAAAGCUCGUGGAAGCUGAUGCAUUUAAAAUGGGGUUCAUUUCAAACACAAAGGUAGUCGAUGGAGUCAAAGUUGUUCAACUUGUGGAAACAACUUCUAACUUGUUGCUUUACCUGCUAAUUGAAUCACCCAAGGAGCUACAAAGGGAGGUUUUUCUGAGGAUGCCUCUCAAGCUUCUAGGAAAGCUCGUGUGCGUUUCUAAGAAGUGGGAACUGGUAAUCUCCGAGGACAAGUUCAGACAGGAAUACUUCAGCCACUCAAAGAAGAGACCUCGCUUGUUGCUCAUGUUCAGACCAAGCGAAAGAAGAACGGAUCUCUGCGUCCAGUCUGUGUAUCAGCAUGAAGAACCUCUGCUAUCUUCUGGGGAACAACUCACACGUGUAGAAGGUUUGAGAUAUUCUUUAAGCUCAUCUUUGGGAGGCUUGAUGUGUUGUAAAGGUCCAAGAGAGCUGUCGCUAUUCAAUCCGGCUACAAAGAAGGUGCGAACUUUACCUGAGAAUCCGAUGAUGACCCUGAGGCAACAAGCACUGUUUGGGUAUGAUGAAGCUAAAGAGCAGUUCAAGGUCCUCUGUUUGGAGUCAGGAUAUGGUCAGACGGUUCAAAACGUGUUUGUGCUGACGGUAGGAGAUGCGGCGUGGAGGCAAAUUCCCUGGAAUGUUGAUUUUCGCGUGGUCGGUGAAGAAAUGUGUUACCGUGGAGUGCUCUACUUUGCAGCUCUUGUAGUGCGUCCCGAUAGUGAGCAAGUGAUUACUCUUUCGUUGAUUAGCUUCAGCCUUGAAUCUGAGGAGAUUGUAAUUUCUGAGUUACCCACGGAAGAAGGAGAAGAAAGCAAUUUGGGGGUUUUUGACAGUGGAACGUUGGUGUUAUGCUACAAAAGUGGGUUUAUUUCGGUAACGACUGGUUCGGUUGACAGAGGAAGACUGGACAUGUGGCAACUUAACCUGAUCUGAGGAGAAUGGAACAGGCACAUUAUAGAGAUCCCACACGAUGAUUGGAUUCUUGCAACUGGUCACAGGGAUGUCCAUUUCUAUGGUGUCACAAGAGGAACGAAAGAACUGGUUUAUGCAACCAACUUGGAGUCUGAGAGAUCCUUUUCAGUGCUGUUUUACAGUGAAGAGACACAAGUUAUCCGAAAGUUUGAGGUCUUCAACGAAUUCGAUGUAGAAGGAUUGGAGUCGUUCGAUAUUACGUCCCACCGUCGAUGCAUUGACAUAAGACUCGAUCAUGUCGAUUCCUUUGCUCGGUGAAAAGGACAGGAGGACGUAUGGAGAAGUGGAUUUGCUUUAACCGAUGUUAAAGUGAUUAACUUCCUAUUGGCAUCAAAUUUGACUUGAGGAUUGAUCUUGGUGUUGCGGCUUUUGAGGAGUUAUGGAAAGCUUUUAGUAGAUAUAUGAUAGUUUCGGUGAACCCAAAAAAAAAAGAAAAAAAGAAAAAUAUAUGACAGUUUCUCUUUGUUCCUGAUGGAGGUUGUUACUCGUACAUUGUUCAUGUUUAGGAGUUUGCAUAUUAAGAAAACAUGUUUAGGAGUGGCAUAUUAGAUAGAACCAAAUAUAUAUAGUUUUAUGUCACUCAUCCUUCUAGA